UGUGUCUGACCCACUUCGUGCGGGUUCGCUUGCUGCCGGCUCACAAGCGGACGGCGUUGGCAGGGCAGCGCUGCCCCAACAAGUCAAUCAAGGCCCACGAUGGCACACACCACAACUUAGAUCAAAGCCCACGCUCGCAGCGCACAAAUAUGGCCUCGGCCUUCGGGGCCAAGCCCCUCCCCAAGCGCCUCCAGACGGCCACCAGACACGACGAGUGGGACGACGUCGAGGUGCCGGCCUUCGUGACGCCGUCCUUCUACAAGCCGCCCCCGCCCCCGCUACCGAAGGAGAAGCCCGCCAAGCCCUUGACGAAGAGUCAAAGGGCGAUGGCGAAGGCCCGAGCGGCGAACAUGGGAGUAGCCUACGGCAAGCCCCGGAAGAAGGUCAAGAAGGCGCCCGUCGUCGCCUCACCUCCGCGCACCGUCAACACGCCAGUGAAGUCCGUGACGCUCGAGGCGUCGUCGCCGGCCAAGUCAGCGGUCUCGUUCAACAGCAGCGCGCUCAAGUCCCAGGCCGUGACGCGCGGCACGCUACCGGUUUCCGUGCACGAGGACAUUGUGUUCGGCUGUCCGGAAGAAUUGAGGAAGGGUUAUUACCUGAAGGAGGACGGCUGGUUUCCCCGCGGACUGCUGUAUAGGGACUGGGCGCGGCUGACGCCGUUGGACGGCGGUAGCAUCGACCUUUCAGAUAGGUGCUUGAACGACGGCGAUCUAGCUUUGUUUGGGCAGCUCCAGUUGACCGUAGAUCAGCGGAGGAAGUCCUUAUCGGAUCGAAGCGGCGGCGGCUACGUGCAAUCAUUGUGCCUCAAGAAGAACACCAAUAUAUCCUAUAAAGGCAUCGAGGCCUGGCCCGCUUUUGAACAACUCACAGCACUGGACGUGUCGGACUGCCCCCUUUUUUGUGAUCGCGCGUGCGAGCAUCUACGACGGCAUACGAAGUCUCUGACCUCGUUGGAUGUAUCUGGCACACAAGUAGGCGAUGACGGCGUCCAUUCCGUGCUCGCUGGUUUAAAGUAUCUCAAAAAGUUGUACUUGAGAAGGCUGAAACAUCUCAAAGACGCGGGCAUAACAAACAUAGCCGAGGUAUUAAAAAGAAAGAAAACAUUACGAGUGCUCGAUUUCCGGGAGACGCCGAACUUCCGGAAUGACGCUCUCUUACAAUUAUUGGCUGAUGGUGGCGGGCAUUUAUCAGAGCUCUACUUGGGUAAAUGCAAACAAGUCGACGCGUUGGCUUUGUUAGGAUUAAGGCGAGAAAUGGGCUCGUUGAAUCUGCGGAAGCUCGACAUCUCGUACUUAUCGAAGCUGAGAGGUGGCACUACGCUACUAGCUGGCUUCGCAUCAAGCUGUGCUUACUUGGUCGAGUUACGGUUAUCCCAUUUACAUGAGUGUGUGGACGACGACGCUUUAUUGGGCUUCGUCGAGGCGUGUACGGGUACGAUACCGCCUCUCGAAAUCGUGGACCUCGCCGCGAACUACAAUGUUAGCUCGCGAGGAUUAGGACCGUUCCUCGACAAAGUGAAAGAAACGAUUAAGGUCCUAGACGUAUCUUUAUGCAAUAAACUAGACGACAAGUUCGGCGAGGCACUCGCAAACUGCCUGCAGCUCGACGAAGUGGUCAUGGUCGACUCUCCCUUGCUAGGUGACCGAGGAUUGACGAGUUGGGCUAAAGGCCCACCACCGAAGAUAGACAAAUAUGGGAAGGUCAUCCCCGUCCUGGAGCGGACCUGGCGGCCCGGCGAGCCCGAGCCCAAGCGCAUUCGGCUGAAACUGAAAGCGUUGACCAUGCAAGCCGCCUUCAGCGGUACGGUAGAUGUAUCAGCGCGGUGUCGCGUGCCGCGGUACGCGGAACCGGGCUUACGAAACCUCUUCCGGAAGUGCGGCAAAUUCUUAGAAAGAUUAGAUCUAGAUGGCGCGCCUCGCGUCAACGACGACUGCAUCAAAACGAUAGCCAAGCUCUGCCCUGCCUUGAAACAGCUCGGAUUGGACGGCUGCACUGCUGUCACCGAUGAAGGCAUGGUCGAGAUCGGGCGAGGCUGCCAUAAGCUUGAGAGGUUGAGAGCUGCAGGGUGUGGUGGGGACUACACGGGACUAUCAGACAAAACGGCCCAGGCGUUGGGCCUCGGCUGCCCCUGUCUGAAAUUCUUGGACGUUUCAAGGUGUGCGUUUACAAGAGAAGGUCUACGAGCCUUAGCCGCCGGUUGUCGGAAGUUGGAAGUGCUAAAAUUCUAUGGCUGCUACGACGUCGAGGAUGAGGGAAUAGAUGCGAUUCUUACUUUCUGUACUUGUCUGAAGGUGUUGAAUGUCGGAUCGUGCGACUUGGUAAGUGACGCGUGUCUGGCGCACGUGCAGAACGCGCGGGAAUUGCGAACUUUGGAUGCAAGACGAGUCAACAAGGGCAAAGGUUUCCGGGCGAAAUCUUUAAAAAGAUGCGCCGUAUUACUCCCAUACGCUAAAACAACAUCAGACGGGUUAGCACCUGUCGAGAAAGGGGUUGAGAGAUUAGUACAAUACCAAGAACGAGCUAGAAUAGCGUACGACAAGUGUCGGAAAAUACAAGCAAGAGUAAGGAGAAACAUCGCCGUGGCCGCAGCUCUCAAAGCCAAGAAGCGGCGCGAGAAGGAGCGGCUCUUCAUGGCGGCCUUGAUGUGCAUCCAGCGAUGUAUAAGGCAAAGAAGGGCCGAGCUUAACUAUCGGGCGAUGCUCAAGGAAAAGUAUCGCAAGGAAGCUUGGGACGCCGCGGAAGCGGCGAAAGAAUUCUUAUUAGAGCUAGAGAUCGCGCGCCAGCUCCUGGAGCGGCAGCGAGUAGCACACCUUGAGGACCUGGUCAUCAAGUUUAAGAAGCGUGGACGAGCUUUGGCGUUCGUGCGGUUCCAUCAUAAUAGGGACGAGGCGCGGUGGUUGGAGGAGUGCUGGGUCAUACUCCAAUCAUGCAUAAGAUGCGCUCUGGGGAAGAUGCUGUGGCGAAGGCAACGUCGAGCCGCUAUUAUCAUAGAGUCUUGCUGUAGAAUCCCUCUAGCUCGCAUAAAGUUCGCCAAGCGCCACCGCGAGUACCGCCAAGAGCAAGUACGAAAGGCAGCUCAGGCAAAAAUGGCGGAGAUCAAAGCCGUGAAUGCCAUGCGCCGCCAACAGGCCCGCGCGAAGAAAGAGAAAAAAAUCAAGGAACAAAAGAAAAUCGAACGGCGCAAGGAAUUGGAGGACAUCAUGGCGUCCGUGGCGCGCAAGGACCUGACGCCCUAUGAGCGGGAGAAGCGCCAUCGGCGGGACAUGGCGUGGCGGAUCCAGACGUUCGCUGCUCGACCCUAUAUCGAGCGGCAACUCCUGAAGAGGAACAAUGCUGCUACUUCCAUUGAAAGGGGUUUCCGAGCUCACCUAGCUAGAGAUAUGGUCAAGCGAUAUCGCAGACGGCAGAAGAAGAUUAUAGAGGCGUGGGAGCGGUUCGGGCACCCCAAUACGGUUGUUAAGAUCACGGAGAAACGGCGAAUCGCCGCGGAGUUAUUAGCCGAACAGGCCGCCCAGGAGAUUCUUAGAAGGAGUAUGGCUCAGCUCAAACUCAAACGAUUUGUACGGACCAGAUUAGCUCGGAACCGAGCUGCUAAAUAUUGGCUCAAACAUCGCGAAAACCGCCACGCGACGACGAUACAGAGAAGGUUCCGGAUGCGAGUUACACAGAAAGCUGUUGUUGCGAUGAAUAAAGCAUACAACAGAGCAUGUUUCAGGAUCGCAAUGUUGUGGUCGAAGAGGAAAGCUAGAAUAAGGUACAAAGCGAUCCAGCGAGAUAUGGAAGCCAGGAAGGAAGAAGAAGCUUUAAAACAUAAACAAGAGCUCAUGAGGAGGAAGAACUUCCGGACGGUGAAGAAGUGCUUCGAGAGUGGCCGAGAACGCGCGGCCAUAAAAGUGCAAAAAAAAUGGAGGGAAAAUAGAAUUGAAAGCAAUAAGCGGGCUCGCCGAUGCGCCGAGGCCGGCGAGGCCCUCCACCUCAAGAGACUCGAGUUCGCCAUGGCCGAGAAGGCCAAAGAAGCGAAAGCUCUUCACGCUCGUGCCUUGUAUCAUGGUAAAUUAUUUGCGAUGAAGGCGGCGAAACGAGCGGCCGACGGGGCUCGGAAAGCGGCUCGGGACAUCUUCAAUGCCGCUGCUGGUAUCUCAGAAGAGGACAUUAUUCGGAGGGGCUACGAGUUACCAGAGGUCAAGAAGGAUAGUGCGGUGGAGCGCAUUUUCGACGCGGUGUGGAAGGGAGAAACGCAACCUAGACAAAAACGUAAAGAAGCGGACGAGCAGAUGGAGUCGUCUAUCUUGAAUUUACAAAGUAGAUCAUUGGCCCCUCGGGGUAUCGUGGACUUCCAGAUAACUGUUGGUCGCACGGAGUUAACCACAAUGAAUGAAAAGAUGGACCAAGCUAAAAAUAUGAGACAACCCGUCUGGGAACGCAUCAAGAAGGACCUGUCGACGAACAAGUCGAAGAUCUAUAUCUGGGUGCUCAUGGGGUCGGGCCAGCGCGUGCUCACGUCGUUUACCGUAAGAAGGGCGCCGCCGAACCACAAGAACAAGGCGGCGAAUGAGUCUCGCGUGUUCGGAGCGUUCAUCUCCGGUACGGUCAUCAGAGGUCAUGAAUCCUUGGGCAUGGAGGUGCACGCUGAUGCCGGGAUCUUCCGAGGCGAAUCGGCGCCGCCAAUCGACGCCCUCAAUGUCUCGAGGAAUGACAAGGAAGCGGCAUCCUACAAGAAGCUCGGCUGGGAAGAAGUCACACCGGCCAUCAACAGUUGUGGGGAUCAAAAAUUAGGCAAGUUUCAUAUUGUCGUCCACCGCAAGAAGUUCCACAAGCGCGUCGUGCUGAACGUGCUGACGCUUGGGUUGCUGAAGCGCGAGAAGUGGUGGACGAACGAGCAGAAAUUGAUAGAUAUGAUCGAGGUCUAUGCCUUGCCGGUCGACGCGAUCCAUAAGCUGCGAGAAACGUUCGACAAUUUGAAUUAUGGCGCUAAUGAUAGGAUCGAGACGAGGGACUGGCUUGAAAGUCUAGGAGAGCAGAAGGAGCCCAUGCCCUUGUAUAUGAAGUGGUUAUUAGAGUUAGUGGAGACCGAGUCUUUAUCUGGUGCGCACAUCACGUUCGGCGAGUACGUCGGCUCCGUCUGUUAUCUAUGCAUGUUCGACAUGAUUGGGAUGUUGCGGUGGUUGUUCAAGUCCGUGACGGGUCGCGAGUCCUGCUUCCUCGAGAAGACGGAUUAUGAUUUAUUGACCAAGGGCCUCAUGAUGACGAACCCACUUCCCUACAGGUCGGAGGACAUCGACCAACUCUACAAGGCUUAUUCCUCAGAUAGGGGAGAGGUCUACUUCGAGGAUUGGGUGAAGAUCGCUGAGAGAUUGCCGAUGCUGCUCUUCGCGUUAUUGCGAUUCCAGGCGUCGGUCAUGAAGGACAACCUGGGAGAGCCGUUCUGGUUCAAGAAGAAGGGCGACUUCGACAAGUUAAGGACGAAGCUCGGCGUCGAGCGGGCGAACCUGCUCGAGUAAGUACUGUUUUGUGUUUUA